CAAUGCCUCACAUCAAAACUAGUAUGUGUUUUUUACACUCCGCUCUCCUUCCCCAAAUCAAUCCACAACGCGCAACUCAGAUAAACCCAAAGCCUCACCGAUAGCUCCGCCGUGAUGGCUACGCCUUUGACGCUCCGCCGCUGUAGCUCCUCUACUUUCCUCCUCCCUUUGAGUCCACACAGAUCAAUCAUCAGGUGAUGAGCUUUGCCAUUUUCAUCUGAGAUAGAGAGCCAGAGAGUUCACUGUGUUAAUAUGAGUGAGAGACAGAGAGAGUGAAAUUUAAAAAAAAAAAAAAAGAUUUAAUUUGGAGUCCAGGACCUUCAUUCUUUCAUGGUUGAACGUUGGUGCAUCUUCCAUGAAUUCCUCUGCCAAACGGUAAAAUUUAUAGCUUACUGUGUCUGUUAGUGAUGCCUCGAACUUCAAUAUUUUCCAUUAAACAAAUCCUCAUUUUAUCACACAAAAACUCUGCCUUUCAUUCAAAACCAUUCCUCAACCUUAAUAAUUUCAUACCCAUUUCAGCUUUCUCUUCUUCAUCACUACAGACCAUACAGGAUUCAGAAUCCAAAUCCAUCUCAAACCCACUUUACCAUUUGCUCCCCCAAACCCAAAACCCCAACAACAUUGUCAAUCUCAUUUGUUCAAACCUUAAACAAAAUACCCAGUUACCUCUUUUUCAAAAUGAGCUUAAAGGGCUUCUUCCUCAUCUGGGUUCUCAUGAAAUUUCAAGAGUUCUGUUGAGGUUUCAAUCUGAUUCCUCAUCAGCUCUCACUUUCUUCAAUUGGGUCAAGAAUGAUUUAAGUCUCAGACCCACUAUCCAGAAUUAUUGUAUUAUUGUUCAUAUUUUGAUUUGGUCUAGAAAAUUUUCUCAAGCCAUGAACUUUUUGUGUGAAUUGAUAGAAAUGGUUAAGGUCGUUUCACCAGAUGAUGGUGAUGUUUUUGGAAGUUUGGUUUUGUGCGGUGAAGAUUGUAAUUGGGAUCCAGUUGUCUUUGAUAUGCUUAUUAAGGUUUAUGUGAAAGCCAACAUGAUUGAACAAGGUUUUGGGACUUUUAGGAGGUCUGUGGAGGUUGGUUUUGUUCCUAGUGUAGUUGCUUGUAAUUGUCUUUUGAAUGGGUUGGUGAAGCUGAGAUGUGUUGAUCGGUGUUGGGAGGUAUAUGAAGAAAUGGGGAGAAUUGGGAUACACCCAAAUGCUUAUACGUUUAAUAUGUUGAUUAAUGUUUUAUGCAAGGAUAAAGAUGUGGAUAAGGUGAAUGAAUUCAUAGAGAAGAUGGAAGAGGAAGGGUUUAAUCCAGAUGUGGUGACGUACAAUACAUUGAUUAAUAGUUAUUGUAGGAAAGGAAGGUUGGGGGAUGCAUUUUAUUUGUAUAAGAUUAUGUAUAGGAGGGGUGCAUUGCCGGAUUUGUUUUCAUAUACUGCCUUGAUGAAUGGUCUUUGUAAAGAAGGGAAGGUUAGGGAGGCUCAUCAGCUUUUUCAUCGAAUGGUUCACAGAGGGUUAAGUCCAGACACUAUGUCUUAUAAUACUCUUAUUUGUGGUUAUUGCAAGGAGGGAAAGAUGAAAGAGUCAAGGUCAUUGUUGUAUGAGAUGAUAGGAAAUGGGGUUCGCCCGGAUAGUUUUACUUGUCGAGUUGUUGUGGAAGGAUAUGGAAACGAGAGUAAGUUGCUUUCAGCUUUGAAUUUGCUGUCAGAGCUUGAGAGAUUUGAAAUUCCUAUUUCUCCUGACAUUUAUGAAUAUCUAGUAGUCAAACUGUGUGAAGAGAAUCGGCCAUUUGCCGCUAAAAGUGUUCUGGAAAGAAUCUCUCAUUAUGGUUAUGUGCCUGACGUUGAUGUCUAUAAUGAGCUGAUUCUAUCCCUUUGCAAAUGUAAUUAUGUGGCAGAGGCAUUAGCUUUGAAAGCUGAGAUGGUGAAUAAAAAUAUAAAACCCAAUAUUGUUACAUAUAGAGCUCUUAUAGACUGCUUGUGUAAAAUAAACAAAAGUGUGGAGGGUGAAUAUGUAAUGAAAGAAAUGGUUAAAUUUGGUGUGCCACCUGAUACGGCAAUAUGCAAGGCAUUAAUAAAUGGAUACUGCAAGGAAAUGGAUAUCAAUAGAGCAGAAUCAUUAUUGGGCUUCUUUGCCAGGGAAUUUCAAAUCUUCGAUACUGAAAGUUACAAUGCACUUGUGAAAGUCCUCUCUGAGAAUGCUGAUGUGACUACUUUGAUGGAACUUCAGGAUAGGAUGCAAAAAGUAGGAUUUGCACCAAAUAACUUAACAUGCAAGUUUGUGAUUGAUGGAUUAUGGAAAGCUACGACACUGGACAAGAACAAGCUUAAUCUGGAAUGCAUGUAGGAAUUAGAAUUACAGGGGAAAAUGCCUUGUGUUCCCUAUCUAGAUGAUCUGGGAUUUUGUUCCAUAUAAAUCAUCUAACCUCCACAAUGCAGACUGGUUAUGAGCAAAAGGAACCUUGCCAUAUCAGAGGCCCGCUACUUUCAAAGCCCUGUUUAUCAGCCAAAUUUUACAUCAUUGGUGCAAGAAAUAUUUCUGGUUGUACAGAAUUCUGAUGACCAUCAGCAUUUCUCUCUCUGUAGUUGAAAUCUAAGAAUGGACUUCUGAUUCCUUCCUAACAUUGUAUUCUACAUGGUGCUAUGUGAUGGAAGCAUGUCUUUGCAUUUCUCUCUCAUACACACGCACAUAAUUAUGUUCUGUCAAAAGAUUCUUCUGACAAACUUGACCUGGUUCUCAUUCCAAGAGGAAGGAUGUACAAGCACAUUGAGUUAUCGUGUUGCAAAUAUGAAGCUUUUAAAGUGUUGGCUAAGAACUAUUUGGACAUUUGCACCCACUUUUUGAAAAGACAACCACUUGUUGGAAGAGGUGAAUAUGACUCCUGCAGAUGCUGCUGAAAAGUUUGAUGCCAAAGACUGGAUGGUGACGCUGCAAAGCCUGAUUCGAGCUCUAGAUGGUGUUAGGCAAAAAGAAGUGCAAGGCAAACAAGGAAGAACACUAGAUGAAGAAAGUAGAGAAUCAUUCUCCAAUUGUGAUGAUGAUGAAGAUAUCAAAAGCGAUAAUGAUAGCUCAAAGGAUUGAGAUGAUGAUGAAGAAGAUGAAGAAGAUAUCAAAAGCGAUGAUGAUAGCUCAAAGGAUAGCGAUAAGAAAAAUAUCUCAGUUAGAAUUUACUAGUUCUGAUUUCAUGGUUGUCCAUGGAAAUGGUUUUGUUAUUUGUGCGUGUGCUUCUUUUUCAUUUAUUUUUCUGGUCAAGUGUUUUAGUGGUAUCUGGUGUCUUACCUUAAUUCUAAGGAAUUGCUUGUACUUGCCACUCCUAUAAAUCCAGAAUAAAUUAUUUUAAUUUCUAUUUUA